UGUAGAGUUACGCACAGGGAGUUAACAAGUAAGCCAAUAGUUAAUCUUCUCUCACUGUGCUAAAAAAUAAUAAAGCAAAAGUGAUAAAGUUGGAGACCAACCGCCGGUCUUCAGAGCCGCAGCGGGCUACGGUGCAAAGACAAGGAAGCCACAAAGAAACGCGUUUUAUGCCGCUAUGGAUCCUGCAAAAUUUUCCAGGAAGCUCUGGUGCGUGCGCCAACAGCUCAUUCUGAUUCUCGCGCCGCUGCUGUUGCUCCCUGUGCUCUUCGUUGUGCCACCAAAGGAGGGAAAAUGUUUGUAUGUGGUGUUGCUGAUGGCAUUGUACUGGUGCACUGAAGCGCUCCCACUGGCAGUGACUGCCAUGCUCCCUGUGUGCCUCUUCCCCACUAUGGGAAUCCUGCCUUCUAAGAAGGUAUGUCCGCAGUACUUCCUCGAGACUAACUUCUUGUUCCUGAGUGGCUUAGUGAUGGCAUCUGCUAUAGAGGAGUGGGGUCUCCAUCGCCGCAUUGCCCUCAAGGUGCUGAAGAUUGUGGGAGUGAAACCGGCCUGGCUGAUUUUAGGGAUGAUGGUCACUUCCUCUUUCCUGUCAAUGUGGUUGAGUAAUACAGCCACAACAGCCAUGAUGCUUCCCAUUGCUAAUGCCAUACUGGAAAGUCUGUUUGGAAAUCUGGAGACUCUAAAAGAGAACUGCAAGGUCAAGAGUGACCCAGAGGGUGAUUCUCAGGUGAAGAUGCACGUACUGCCUUCUGAAAAACAGAUACUGACAACAGAUGACAAGGCUGACUGGACAAACAGAUCAGAGCCAAAGAAUAUGGAAGAGAUCAGAAGAGAGGCAGAAUACCAGAUUAAAGUGUGGAAAGGAUUUCUUAUCUGUAUACCUUACGCUGCAAGCAUCGGAGGAACAGCAACUCUCACUGGCACUGCCCCUAACCUGAUCCUGGUGGGUCAGCUGAAGAGCUACUUCCCUGAAUGUGACCUCAUAAAUUUCGGCUCAUGGUUUGUCUUUGCCUUCCCGCUCAUGCUCCUCUUCCUCAUCUUGGGCUGGAUUUGGAUUGCCUUCCUUUAUGGGGGGCUCAAUACACGACUGUGUAUUAGCAAACAUGAUGAACGUGCAGCUGCAGAAGCUAAAGCCAAAACUGUUAUUGAUGAAGACUACAAAAAACUGGGCCCAAUAAAAUUUGCAGAAGGAUCUAUUGCUUUCUUCUUCAUUCUUUUUGCUGUCCUUCUGUUCACCCGAGAUCCAAAGUUUGUGACAGGAUGGUCCAUUUUCUUCACCAAAGGUUAUGUAUCUGAUGCUGUUACUGGAGUCAUUAUCAUCUCCAUACUCUUUUUCUUUCCAUCCCAGCGUCCAUCUAUAUGCUGGUGGUUUGAUCCGAGAGCUUCAAAUACUCCAUAUGUACCCCUGUUGUCAUGGAGAAAGGCUCAGGAGUGUGUGCCAUGGAAUAUCAUUUUGCUGCUAGGUGGUGGAUUUGCAAUGGCUAAAGGCUGCGAGGAGUCAGGGUUAGCAGUAUGGAUAGGAAGCCACUUGGAGCCUCUUGCCCAGGUUCCUCCUGCUGUCGCGGUCAUCCUCAUCACAGCCUUCAUUGCCUGCUUCACUGAGUUUGCCAGUAACACUGCCACCAUUAUCAUCUUUCUCCCUGUCAUCGCUGAACUGGCCAUCCGUGUGAAAGUCAAUCCACUGUACUUCAUGAUCCCAGCAACAACAGGUUGCUCUUACGCUUUCAUGCUUCCUGUGUCGACACCUCCCAACUCAAUCGCCUUUGCCUCUGGACACCUGAUGGUCAAAGAUAUGGUGAAGACUGGGUUUGUGAUGAACAUCCUGGGCAUUGUGUGUGUGUCUCUAGCCAUGAACACAUGGGGUCUUCAAAUGUUUAAUCUACACAUGUACCCUGAUUGGGCAAGACCUUUAAACAUUACCUCAGUAACUGUGCCUACACAUACCAUACCAGCUAUGAAUAUGACAGGCUAGAGAACAGACUCGAACUAGGACAUAUGUGUACAUGCACACAACGUAUUCUUAUGAUGUGAUUUAAAUCCAUGUAUAUAAGACCAAGUGAAAGAUUUAACAAUCAAAAUUACACAUUCAGUUUGGAUUCUGUAUAUACUGUAGAUAUAAGACUGAAAAGAAAUGGAAACUGAACUCUUAAUUUGCUGAACUAAGGAAUUUCCCUCAGUGGAUGGAUCAACACAUUACCAUGACCUCACUUCCUGCUCAGCACUGGCCUAUUGUGCCUUGAAGAAAACUUUAACAGUUUGGGAGACUUUGAAGAAGUACACUAAAUGGCCAAAAAUAUGUGGACACCCCCUUCUAAUUAAAGAGUUUGGUUACUCCGUUAAUACCAGUGAAGAUAAAUCAUAAUUCUACUCCAAACAAUGCCAUUCUAGGGCAUUCGGUGCUUCCAACUUUAUGGCAACAGUUUGGGGAGAGCCCUUUUCUAUUCCAGCAUGACAAUGCCCCUGUGCACAAAGCAAAGUCCAUAAGGAAAUGGUUUACUGUGUCUGAUGUUGAAGAAAUUGACUGGCCUGCACAAAGCCCAUACCUGAACCCCACUGAACACCUUUGGGGUGAAUUGGAACACCAACUGAAAGCCAGACCCCAUCGCCCAACAUCAGUGCCGGACCUCAGUGAUGCACUUGUGUCUGAAUGGGAGCAAGUCCCUGCAGCCAUGUCACUACAUACAGUAUAGUGGAAAGCCUUCCCAGAAGAGUGGAAGUUGUUAUUGGUCAACAAAGGGGGAAAUUGAUGCCUGUGGUUUUGAAAUUGAAGGUUCAUCAAGCACAUAUGGUGUCCACAAACUUUUGGCCACAUAGUGUAUAUAAUGUUUAUAAAUGUAGUUUAAAGGUGGACUUUAAAUCUUAAAAGAAUCCUAAGCAUCAUUUUGUAGGUUGUAAAUUUGUUCUAUUAAUGUAAUUUGUAUAAAUAGUUGUUUUCUUCCAGUUGUUAAUAUGCAACAUUUCAAUGUUAAAUUGUUAUCAUCUUGUGUUUAUUAUCCAUGAAACCUAAUUAAAGCUUUGAUCCAACAAAACUAUGUAGCGUUAUUGGCAAAGCCCCUAAUCGGACCAAGUGACAGAUUUAACAGGCAGUUUUAAAGGAGAUAUGAAUGUUGUAGUUCAUUGAACAGAAAAGUAGAAAUGUAUUAGAAAGGACUAUGGGAAAGCGGAAAUGUAAAUGUACAGAGGACCAAAACCAGCCAAAAUUACUUUUUUAGAAAAAGAAGUAUAUGUGU